AUGGCGGCUUGGAUUGUACUCUUCCUCUUCCUGUUCGUCUGUGAAGGAGACACUGGAGGUUUUUCAUCUGCUGUCAACUCGUCGCCGCCUUACGGUGAUUUGCAGCGAUUAUCAAACAGCCUUAAGUUCACGGUCGGAGGAAGAAAACUCCGGCUGGAAGAAGACAAAUCAGCAGUCCAUUUGUUUGUGCAGAGGCCUGACAGGAAGCUAAACGAAAACAGCGUCAAGAGCGAACUGGCGAGACAAAGUGACACGUUUAAGGAGACUUCGGAGACUGGCAAAACAGCAAAUGAAAACAGCAAAGCAAAUAAAAGCGUGGAUGGAUCGGUGGAUAGUUUGGUGCAGACUUCAGGGGGUGAAUAUUGGGAAUCUGGAGUUCGCUUUGAGCCGGAGAAGAGGCUUCAUUCCAGACGUAAGCGGAGCUGGCUGUGGAACCAGUUCUUCGUGAUAGAGGAGUACAGAGGGCCGGAGCCGGUGCUGAUCGGACGGUUCAGUCACCACGCUCGCACAUUUGCAUUGUCCUAUUUCUGCAUGCAAAAAAGUCUGACUCACGCAGCGGACGCGAGGCAGAGUCUGAUGUGGGGGGAGUAA